GGUUAGGGCUAAGGGUGAUGCAAGAAGUUCAUCUAGUCGUAUAUUUGUAUUUUAUAUGGAGAGUUAGCAGAUAAGGCGCAAAACCAACAAAAUGGCUUGGAGCCUUGCUCCUACUCUUUCAACAUUUGCAAUAGAAAAUUCCUCAUUCUUCAUUACUUCCGCUACUUUUAAUUCUUCAAGUUUACCCAAAACUCUUAAUUUCUCUAAAAAUUGUACACCCAACUCAAAGCAACCAUGGAAUUUCCCAUUACACAAAAAACUUCAUUCCUCUACACAACUAAUUUGCAAGGCAGCUGAGUACAAAUUCCCUGACCCAAUUCCUGAAUUUGCUGAUACUGAGAUAGAGAAAUUCAAGACCCAUUUACUGAGGAAGUUGUCAAACAAAGAUAUUUUUGGAGAUAAAGUGGAUGAAGUUGUAGAAAUCUGCACUGAGAUCUUGGAUAACUUCUUGCACACAGAAUAUGGGGGACCGGGUACUUUGCUAGUGAUUCCUUUCAUUGAUAUGGCUGAUACUCUGAAUGAACGCGGACUGCCUGGAGGACCUCAAGCUGCACGGAUAGCUGUUAAGUGGGCUCAAAAAAAUAUAGACAAAGACUGGGAGGAAUGGACAAGCGGGAAUAGCAAGUAAUGCGAGUAGUGACUAUAGUGACCUCUGGGACCUGAAUAAAAGUACAGUAAUUUGAGAUAGUUAUAGGCAGGAAAUUUUGAGAUAGCUUUGUUAUCAGAAUAUUUGAAAUAUGAUACUAUUCUUAUGGAAUGUAGAGCUUGUGGGUGAGGCAUCAGGAUCUGAGAAAAAUUGGAAAAUCAGAUACUUCGUAAUUAUUUUUUUAAUGACAUUUAGCAAUAGCUAGAAUCACUAGCUAUGAUGUUCACUUUUAUAA